AUGAGCAGAACAAAGAAAUCAAGAAACGAGGGUGUUGCACAAGUAUUCUUGGUUAGUUCUUUUCAGAGAAGAAUGCAGCUGCUUAGAUUCCUUUUCUCUGUUGAGCACAGCUUUUGUUCUUUCCUUCCAAAAUUUUCUGUCUACAUCGAGACUCGCUAUGAAAACAAUGCUGGCACAUCAGAAAAUGUCAUUAAUCUUGACAAUGAAGACCUCGAACAGAGGGAAGUUGACAUCGUUGACAUUGUUAUGGAGGAAAUUGCUGAACAUCAUUACAAACCAGAAGAGGACCUUAAAAUAUUCAAAUCAGAAAAAACUGGCCGUGGACCCCUCACCAGUGGUUGGAUGGAAUGUACAACCCCAAUUAUGUGUUCUUACAAAGUAGUGAAAGUGAAAUUUGAAGUGUGGGGAUUGCAAACUAAAGUGGAACAAUUUGGACAAAAGGCAAUUCGAGACAUUCUUUUGCUUGGUCAUAGACAAGCAUUUGCCUGGAUUGACGAGUGGUAUGGUAUGAGCAUUGAUGACUUGCGUGAAUAUGAAGCACGCAUGCAAGCAGAAACUAACAAGAAACUGGGAGUAAAUGAGGCUGCCACCCCUCAAUGA